AUGGCUACCUUGUGUUUCAAUCCAUUUCGACUGCGAAAGUGGAAGAGCAAAUCUUUAUCAUUUCCUUCUACUUCAAGAACACAGUUAAGCGAUGAUGCAGACAAUAUGGAGAGGAAGAGAUUUGACAGUUUGGAAUCUUGGUCAAUGAUAUUGGAUUCUGAGAAUGUUGAGACUUGGGAAGCAUCUGAAGAUCAAGAGGAAUGGACGGCUGAUCUUUCUCAGUUAUUUAUAGGCAAUAGGUUUGCUUCUGGUGCACAUAGUAGAAUUUACAGAGGAAUUUAUAAGCAGAGAGCAGUUGCUGUAAAAAUGGUGAGAAUUCCAACUCAUAAGGAGGAAACUAAAACUUUGCUUGAACAACAAUUCAAGUCGGAAGUCGCCCUUCUUUCGCGUCUUUAUCAUCCCAAUAUAGUGCAGUUUAUUUCUGCUUGUAAAAAGCCUCCUUUAUACUGUAUCAUUACUGAAUACAUGUCACAAGGGACUCUAAGGAUGCAUCUCAACAAAAAGGAGCCAUACUCGCUUUCAACUGAGACGAUUCUUAGGUUAGCCCUCGAUAUAUCACGAGGAAUGGAGUAUCUUCAUUCACAAGGGGUGAUACACAGAGACCUCAAAUCGAACAACUUGCUAUUAAACGAUGAAAUGAGGGUUAAGGUUGCAGAUUUUGGCACGUCUUGUCUCGAAACUCAAUGCAGGGAAGCCAAAGGGAAUAUGGGAACUUACCGUUGGAUGGCACCAGAGAUGAUCAAGGAGAAACCUUAUACUCGGAAAGUUGACGUGUAUAGUUUUGGGAUCGUCCUAUGGGAGCUCACGACAGCUUUGCUUCCUUUUCAAGGAAUGACUCCUGUCCAAGCUGCUUUUGCUGUGGCCGAGAAGAAUGAGCGACCACCAUUGGCAGCAAGUUGUCAACCUGCGCUCGCACACCUUAUCAAGCACUGCUGGGCAGCAAACCCAUCUAAGCGUCCUGAUUUCAGUGAUAUUGUAUCUGCUCUGGAAAAGUACGACGAAUGUGUAAAAGAGGGUCUCCCACUUACUCUUCACUCAGGGUUAGUAAGUCGAAACACCAUUCUUGAAUGCUUAAAAGGCUGUGUAUCCAUGAAUUCAUCUGUAACUGUACAUAGCUGA